AUGCUGCAUAACUUCCAGUUCAAAACAAAAAGAUCAGAACCUAGAGAGUACCUAGUUACUUGCGCAAAUGAAACAUGCAACUGGUUGGUGAGAGCAUCUAAGUACAGAAAUCAAGAUUUAUUCAAGGUACGGAAAUGCAAUCCAAAUCACACUUGCUGCGUUGAAAUUGUUUUGGAAGACCAUAGGCAAGCAAAAAGCAUCGUAGUUGGGGAAUUAAUAAAGAAUAAGUGCAAGUCAAUCAAAAGAAAUUACACUCCAAAUGACAUCAUGAAUGAUAUGAAUGAUGACUUCGGAGUAACUAUGGGAUACACAAAAGCAUGGAGAUCAAGAGAGAAAGCUUUGCGUCUAGUAAGACGGAACCCCGAUGAUUCAUAUCAAAAGUUGCCAAUAUAUCUUUACAUGUUGAAGCAAGCAAAUCCAGGAACAAUAACACACCUACUCACAGACAAGGAAGAUAGAUUCAAAUACCUAUACAUAGCUUUCUCUAACUCAAUCAAGGCAUCAACGUUAGAUUCAAACAACAACAUUUUCGUGUUGGCUUUUGGAAUAGCAGACUCUGAAAAUGAUAACUCAUGGCUUUGGUUCUUCUCCAAACUGAGAGACACCUAUGGAGAACCCGAAGGAUUGGCUAUAGUUUCUGACAGACAUAAGAGCAUAGACAAUGCAGUACAUAUGGUGUACCCAAAUGCUUUCCAUGGAGCUUGCAUGAUUCACUUACUCAAUAAUUUGAAAGGCAAAUAUGGGAGCCAUGGAGAAGAGCUACAAAUGAAUUUCAUUGCAGCAGCAAAAGCAUACACAAAGACAGAAUGUGAACACUACAUGAGAGGCCUUGAUAGAAUUGAUAGACGCAUUAGGCCUUAUUUAGAAAAAGCCAAGUAUGAAACUUGGGCAAGAUCAUACUCGCCAAAAAAAAGAUACACCAUGAUGACAUCCAACAUCGCAGAAUCACUCAACGCUGCACUAAAAGCUGCAAUAAAUCUCCUCAUUGAUAUCUUGGUUGAAUGCCUUAGAAGUUUGGUUCAAAAGUGGGUUUGGAACAACUCAAAUAAUGCAAAUGGAACAUUCACAAAAGUCUCUACAGCAACAGAGAAUGAAUUGAGACAUGACAUUGUUUCAAAAAUGAAGUAUGAGGUCUUGCCUUUCAACAUAAUAGAAUACCAAGUUCGUGAUCAAAAUGGGAUAAAUUUCACAGUAAAUAUACAUAAUAGAACAUGUACUUGCAAUAGGUUCCAAGAAGAUGAAAUACCUUGUGGCCAUGCAGUAGCUGUCAUUGCAAAGAGAAACUUGAGUGUGUAUGAUUAUUAUGCAAAAUUCUACAGAACAGAAACGUUGAAAGCAUUGUAUCGAGAAAAUGUUCAUCCUUUGCCCCAUAAAGAUGAAUGGAAUCUCCCACAACACUUGGACAUAAUAGUGCUACCUCCAAAUGCAACAAUCCCUGCAGGAAGACCAAGAAAGAAAAGAAUAAGAUCAAGAGGGGAACAUAAAGUAAUAAUCACCUGUGGGAAAUGUGCGCAACCAGGACAUAACAGGAAGACUUGCAGGAAUCCUCCAUUUGAGAAGCCAAACAAACAGAAAAAGCCAAAGACAUAG